AUGAGGACUACAAACGCUGUUGCUGCUACAGCUGCUUUACUGGCUGUUGCCUCCGCUGAAGAUUUAGAGCCUGCUCAGGUUUCUUCGAUCGACGUUGUGGUGCAAGAUAUCAAGAGUCACUUGACCGAGUACGUUAGUUACGCUGGUUCAAACUCUGGGUUAUCUAUACCUGAAGAUGUUAUAAGCGUCUACACUCAAGUGGCUACUUACACUGAUGGAUCCUACACUUCUUUGUUUAGCAACCUAAACUUCCAGGAAAUCAACUCCGCUAUUACUGGGUUACCCUGGUACAGCUCUAGAUUAGCGCCUGCUUUUGCAUCGUUGUCUCCUGCGGCUGCCACUGACGCCCCACAAAGUAGCGAAGGUAGUGAUAGCUCUAAUUCUGGCUCCGGUGUUGUUCCAGCCCCAGCCCCAGUCCCAGUCGGCGGAGGCAGUGGUUCCUCUGAUUCUAGUUCUUCAUCCGGUUCAUCUGGAUCUGAAUCCGGUUCAAGCUCUGAAUCAGCCUCUGGCUCUGACUCUGCUGGUGGUGCUGCCGCAGCUGCCAGCUCCUCUGAAGGCUCUUCCUCUGGAAGUAGCUCUUCCGCCUCCGCUACAAGUUCUGCUACACAUAGCAACGCCAGCAGAAACAAUUCGUCAACCAGCAAUUCUAGAGCCGGCGCCAACAACUUGCAAGUCUUAUCCACUGGUUUGGGUAUUGCCGCCGCUGGUAUCGUCGGUUUGUUGUUGUAA